AUGUUCGGGUUCGCGGCAAUCCCGGCCGGUAUCCAAUUUGUCGUCUUCUUUUGCAUGCCAGAAAGUCCUCGGUGGUUGUAUGAACAUGGCCGGAUUGAAGAUGCCAAAAGUGUGCUAGACAAAAUUUACAACGGCGACAAAGCUUGGAUUGAAUACGAAGUGGCCGAACUGACAUUAGCCGCUGAAAGGGGACGCACUGUCCCUCAAGAAACUGGUAUGGCCCUGCUAUGGCGGAUCUUCACGACAGCCCACGUGCGAAAGGCGCUACUUGUCGGCUGUGUAUUACAGGGCUUCCAACAAUUAUCCGGAAUCAACACCAUCAUGUAUUACACGGGAAAGAUUAUCCAAUCAGCCGGCGUCAGCAGCAAGCACGCGACAAUAUGGAUUUCAGCUGCGAUCUCUGCCGUCAACUUUUUGUGCACAUUUUUGCCACUGUAUAUGGUGGAUCGAUGUGGUCGACGGGUGCUGCUGAUCGCCUCGGUGCUUGGCGUGGGAGCCACGUUGCUGGCGAUGGGUGGCGCCUUUCUGGCGAUAAAUCGAGAAUCCGAUCUGGUGAUCAACAACUAUACAGCGUCCCCUGUCAAUCAUAUUGCCCAUUGCAAAGCGUAUAGUAACUGUGACUACUGCGUGACGGAUGAGCGAUGUGGCUUUUGCAAGGCGAAGGCAGCUGAUGCCGGCUAUUGCGUGCCAUUUUCAAUGGAUACUGACGAUCGUUCAUUGACGGGUCCAUGCAUUAAUGGGACAGAGCAUGGCCGAGGACAAGCAUAUCAAUGGAGUCCGUCUUUCUGCCGUUCCGGUCUGACAAUGCUGCCAAUCGGCCUGAUGAUCCUGUAUUUAGGGUUCUUCUCUAUUGGUUUUGCCCCAUUACCGUGGGUACUGAACGCAGAAUUCUACCCGCUAUGGGCCAGGUCGACUUGUGUGGCAAUGGCCACAGCUGCGAAUUGGGCCUUCAAUCUGUUGAUCUCUCUCACAUUCCUCUCACUUUCACAGGCACUCACCAAAUAUGGUACAUUCUGGCUGUACGGGGGUGUGACAGCAAUUGCCCUUAUUUUUGUGGUGAUAGCAGUGCCGGAGACAAAGAAUUGCUCGAUUGAAGAAGUGGAGCGUUUAUUCAUGUCAGAAGAGGAACGGUUGAAGCAGAAUCGUUCCAUUGGCUAUCAAAAAAGAUCGCAGUCCGUCGACGUCGUCUUC